AUGCUCUCCCCGCGCUCGCCAUCAGUCUCAAGCCUCCGGAUAGCCUGCCUCAGCUCCCGUAGUCGUUCGCUUUCGCGAUGCAUUUACGCCACCGUCGGUCGGUCUCGCCCUCGAGAUGUAACCGGUACCUUGACAGGGCCAUACGGCCUACGUUGUUCGCCUGAGUCCCUCCGUUCUCCGCUGCUGCAGCUCCAGGUUCGCGGCAAGAAGACACGGACAGUCGUGAAAUUAGAUGAGCUGCCCCAGGGAGUCGUCGUGUCUUCGCAGCCACUCCCGCCAGAGGAUGAUGCCGAGGAGGGAGAGCCAGCUUAUCCGACCGUGGUGCUGCAGGCCCGCCGCAAUAUGCAAAAAUUCGACAACUGCGUGCUUCUCACCAGGGUUGGUGGUUUCUAUGAGCUCUACUUCGAACAGGCCGAGGAGUUCGGCCCGCUCCUGAACCUCAAGGUAGCACAGAAGAAGACGAGCGCGGGUCCCGUCCCAAUGGCCGGCUUUCCCUUUUUCCAGUUGGAUCGUUUCCUUAAGACGUUGGUCCAGGAUCUUAACCGUCAUGUAGCCAUUGCCGAGGAGUUCCCAAAUGGUCCCUCAGAGAAGGUCAAGUCGGGCGGUUUGAUGCAUGAUCGCAGAGUGACCCGUAUCGUCACGCCAGGCACCCUCAUCGACGAAAACUUUAUGGACCCCUACGCAAGCAACUAUGUCAUGGCCGUCUACCUGCCCGAGCCGAUGGCAUCAGGUGAUAUGAGCUGCCAAGAAGCCGAACAGCCCAUACACACGUUCGACCCCGCCAACAGUCCUUCAAGCUGUGUCGGCCUGGCAUGGCUGGACCUGUCCACCGGUUGCUUCUACACUCAACCGACGGAUCUAGCGUCGCUCGGCUCCGCACUAUCACGCGUUUCUCCUCGGGAGAUCGUCUUGGACAAGUCACUCCAGCCUCCCCAGGACCACGCUCUGUUGUCUAUCCUCCGCGAGGAAAGGUACGCUGUAAGCUAUGCGUCUCAGGGUGAGCUGAUGACGCUAUCCGACUGGGAGCCGAUGCUAGAAGCCGAGAUCUCAGCUCAGAUACUCGACAAAUUCACCGAUGGUGAAGUACAAGCGGGCAGUCUCUUGCUUCACUACGUGAGGGACCGCUUACAGGGGAUGAACAUGAAGCUGCAGCCGCCCCUGCGGUAUGAGAACAUGCACGUCAUGAAUUUCGACAAGAACAGCAUGCGCUCCCUGGAGAUCAAGCAGACUAUUAGGGACGGUGCUUUCAGGGGGAGCUUGUUACAUGCCAUCCGACGCACCGUGACCAAAAGCGGUGCGAGACUGUUGAACGAUUGGCUCAGCUCCCCUUCAACCUCGCUAGAAGUCAUCAACUUCAGACAGGAUCUAGUCUCCCGCUUCAUCCAAGAUGAGGACCUUCGGGAUGCCAUAAUAGUUCUUCUACGCAGGUGCCAUGACUCACAGCGCCUCGUCCAAAAGUUCGCACUUAAUCGUGGGGAUCCGGACGACCUCCUUCAGUUAGCAAACACGAUCAAGGCAACAGAAGACAUUGUCGGCAUCCUAAAUACUCCUUCCUCUAGUCAGCCAAGGGAUGGCGACCAACACCUAGACUGUCUCUCCAUCAUGGCCGACCGCAUCACGCUCGGCCAGCCACUGAAACUCGCCCGAACGAUCCACGAUGCAAUCGACGAAGAGGGCCUUGUACAGCGGCACCAAAUCGAGGACAGCGAAGCAGGCGAAAUGAUUGCGCUAGCCCAAGAAAUUGUCAAGACAGAAGGAACAGCAGCGGACAGCUCUCUGCUCCCCAAAGGCGCAGUCGCAAAAUCGGAUCGGAAAAAGAACCCCUCUCUGCGGGACUACUACGGCGAAGAUACCGGAGUUUGGAUCAUGAAGCCCGGCGCCUCCAAGGUCCUCUCCCGCCUUCACCACGAGCUCGCGACGCUCGAACAAGAAAAAGACCAACUCACCGAGUCGCUCCGCGCCCGCCUCAACGCCUCCUCUCUCACCCUGCGCUGGACCCCGGGGCUAGGUCAUAUCUGCCACGUCAAGGGCAAAGACGCGCGGCGCACCCCGAGGGCCACCUCGACCGACGAGAACGACACGACCGAGGCACCACCGAUCCGCACCCUCUCAUCAAGCCGCACGACCCGCUCCUUUCACUUGCCAGAGUGGACCGCACUCGGCGAAGCAAUCGACAAGGCACGCUGCAAGAUCCGGGCCGAGGAGCAGCGCGUCUUCUCGACUCUGCGCGAAGGCGUCGUCCACAACCUCGUCAAGCUCCGGCGCAACGCCCUUGUGCUGGACGAGCUCGACAUCGCCACCUCAUUUGCCCGUCUCGCAAUCGAGCAGCGCCUCGUCCGUCCCAAACUCAACACUUCUCAACAAACCAUCAUCAUCGGCGGGCGCCACCCGACAGUCGAAGCCGGGUUGGCCGAGCAAGGACGUACCUUCCAGCGGAACGACCUCCUCCUGGGCUCGGCACAAUAUGGAAGCGGAGAAGAACAACAGCAAAAGCAGCAGGCACACGGCCGCAUCUGGCUCAUCACGGGUCCCAACAUGGCCGGCAAGUCGACCUUUUUGCGGCAAAACGCGCUCAUCACCAUCCUGGCGCAGAUAGGCUGCUACGUGCCGGCCGAGUACGCCGAGCUGGGCAUCGUCGACGCCAUCUUCAGCCGCGUCGGGUCCGCCGACAACCUGUACCAGGACCAGAGCACCUUCAUGGUGGAGAUGCUCGAGACGGCCGCCAUCCUGCGGCAGGCCACCCCGCGGUCCCUCAUCAUCAUGGACGAGGUGGGGCGGGGCACCACGCCCGAGGACGGCACGGCCGUCGCCUUUGCCAGCCUGCACCACCUGCUGCGCGUCAACCGCUGCCGGGCGCUGUUCGCGACCCACUUCCACGGCAUCGCCGACCUGGUUGCCCGGCAUGGCUUCCGCGUCCAAGACGGCGGGCCCGACGGCGCCGUCGACAUGUACUGCACCGACGUGCGCGAGGACGAAAGGGGCGGGUUUGUCUACGUUCACAAGCUGCGCAGGGGCGUCAACAGGCAAAGUCACGCGCUCAAGGUGGCCCGUCUGGCGGGGCUGCCGGAGCAGGCUAUCCGGGUUGCCCAAGAGGUGCUGCGGGAGUCAGGGGUUGCCGACGGUGGUAUGUCUACGCCGCUACGGGAGGAUGUGGAGCCGCCAACGAAGGGAGAGGCGGUAGGGGUUGUUGUGGGGUGA